AUGAGCAAAAGCAUUACCAUCAUCGGCUCGUUGAACUAUGACCUUGUAACGUACACAGACAAGGUUCCUGAAGGAGGUGAGACAAUGCAGGCCAAUUCUUUUGAAAAUCACUUGGGUGGAAAGGGGUUGAAUGAAGCAAUUGCGGUUGCAAGAUUAUCAUCCAAACAAUCUACCAUUCCUGUUAGAAUGAUAGGUAACAUUGGAAAUGAUACAUUCGGUAAAGAAUUGAAACAAGCUUUGGUUGAGGCAGGUGUUGACACCCAAUUCAUCAAAACCAUCGACGGGGUCUCGUCUGGGGUAGCAACUAUUUUGGUUGAGUCUCAAUCUGGAGAAAACCGUAUUUUAAUUACACCAGGUGCUAACGGGGAAUUGAAGCCUAGUUACGAAAACUACGAGACUUACUUCCCGAACAAAAACCAAGAAGGUUUCGUCAUUUUGCAAAACGAAUACCCCAAUACUGCCGAAUCAAUUGAAUGGAUUAAGACACAUCGGUCAAAAUUGAACAUUGCAUGGAACCCUUCACCAUUCAAGCCAGACUUGAUUAAGAGUGAAAUCUUAUCAAGAAUCGAUAUGUUGAUUGUCAACGAAGGUGAAGCUUUGGAUGUAGCCAAACAUCUUUUAUCGUCUGAGGAGAUUGUGGCAUUUGAUGAGAGUAUUAAACAAGAUAAAGUGAAAGGCUUUGGAGAGUUGGCUAGCAAAUUGACCAAAUUGAUCAACCCGGCUAAUAUAAAUCUUGUUAUUAUUACAAUGGGAGGCCAAGGAUCGCUUUUCUCCACUAAAAAUGAAGAACCAACUUUUGAAAAGUCCGUCAAAGUAACUUCUGUGGUCGAUACUACCGGAGCGGGUGAUACCUUUUUUGGUGGAGUAGUAGUGAAGCUUGCAUCUGGAUUUUCCACUAGGGAUGCAGUCAAGUUUGCAACCAAAGCAAGUGGUAUUGUGAUCCAGAAAAAAGGUGCUGUUGAGAGUAUUCCAUUAUUGGAGGACAUAAACUAA